AUGGGUGGAGACGUGGAAACGGAUUUUAUUGGAUAUCUUUCUUCCAACUUUACUUUCCACCUGCUCUCAUCUAUCUAUCUCGGUCUGUUCACAUCUAUCUAUCUAUCUAUCUUGGUCUGUUCACAUCUAUCUCAGUCUGUUCACAUCUAUCUAUCUAUCUAUCUCAGUCUGUUCACAUCUAUCUAUCUAUCUAUCUCAGUCUGUUCACAUCUAUCUAUCUAUCUAUCUCAGUCUGUUCACAUCUAUCUAUCUCGGUCUGUUCAAAUCUAUCUAUCUAUCUAUCUCAGUCUGUUCAUAUCUAUCUAUCUAUCUCGGUCUGUUCACAUCUAUCUAUCUAUCUCGGUCUGUUCACAUCUAUCUAUCUAUCUCGGUCUGUUCACAUCUAUCUAUCUAUCUCGGUCUGUUCACAUCUAUCUAUCUAUCUAUCUCAGUCUGUUCACAUCUAUCUAUCUAUCUAUCUCAGUCUAUCUCUGUCUACCAACAAAGCACAAUGUACCAACUUUUUUUUAA